AAUUAUGUGAUAGGUUACGGCCUUAUUUUUUCGUCUCAGCAAAAUGAAGUGUCAUUCGCAUAUGAGAAAUUACUUGUGCCUAUUUGGCCCUUACCGCGCCCGCCUUACUCUAAUUUUCGACAUGCGCUGACUACUUUUCUCCCCAAUCCUGUCGACAUGUAUCUGUACAAUCUAUCCCUUCAAAGGGCCUCAGGUGUUACCCAUGCAGUUCAUGGUAAUUUCUCUGGAACGAAACAGCAAGAAAUAGCUGUUGCCAAGGGUCAGAUUAUUGAACUACUUAAGCCUGAUCCUAACUCUGGCAAAAUCUACACUCUUCUAACUACCGAAGUAUUUGGAGUCGUACGUUGUAUUAUGCCUUUUAGACUAACCGGUGAUUACUUAAUCAUCGGGUCUGAUUCUGGGCGCAUCGUUGUGCUUGAAUAUUUGCCGACUAAAAAUGUCUUCGAAAGGGUCCAGCAAGAAACUUUUGGAAAAAGCGGUUGUCGCAGAAUUGUUCCAGGGCAGUACUUAGCAAUUGACCCCAAAGGGCGCGCAGUCAUGAUAGGUGCGGUUGAAAAGCAGAAGUUGGUUUAUAUAUUCAAUAGAGAUGCCCAGGCUCGUCUGACUAUCUCCUCUCCGUUGGAAGCUCACAAGUCAAAUACUCUUGUUUACCAUAUGAUAGGAGUAGAUGUUGGUUUUGACAACCCCACUUUUGCCUGUAUUGAAAUGGAUUAUGAAGAAGCUGAUCAAGACUCAACUGGAGAAGCGGCAAGAAAUGCUCACCAACUUCUUACAUACUACGAGCUAGACUUGGGCCUCAAUCAUGUCGUUCGUAAGUACUCUGAACCACUUGAAGAGCAUGCAAAUUUCCUGAUAACUGUGCCUGGCGGAAAUGAGGGCCCUUCGGGAAUCCUUAUUUGUUCCGAAAAUUAUAUAACCUACAAAAACUUUGGGGAUCAGCCAGAUAUUCGUUGUCCUAUCCCUCAGAGACGUAAUGACCUUGAUGAUCCGGAUAGAGGGAUUCUUUUUGUCUGUAGCGCGUCACACAAAACUAAGAAUUUGUUCUUCUUUUUGGUACAAACAGAACAAGGUGAUAUUUUCAAGAUAAAUUUGGAAACUGAUGAAGAUAUGGUAACGGAAAUAAAGCUUAAAUAUUUCGAUACAGUCCCUGUGGCUUCUGCCAUGUGUGUCCUGAAAACAGGAUUUCUCUUCGUUGCUUCUGAGUUUGGAAAUCACUUUCUAUAUCAGAUAGCCCAUCUAGGGGAUGAUGACGAUGAGCCUGAGUUUUCCUCUGCAAUGCCUCUGGACGAAGGCGAUACAUUUUAUUUUGCUCCCAGAGGCCUCAAAAAUCUUGUCGAAGUCGAUUCCUUGGAUAAUUUGUCUCCAAUAAUGAAUCUUCACAUUGCUGAUUUGGCUAAUGAGGAUACACCACAACUUGCAGUUUUGUGUGGCAGGGGUCCGAGAUCAACUUUUAGAUUACUACGCCAUGGUUUGGAGGUUUCGGAAAUGGCUAAAUCAGAUCUUCCUGGCAGUCCUAAUGCCGUAUGGACCGUCAAGCGGUCCUCAGAAGGUAAGGAAUUUGAUUCCUAUAUAAUAGUCUCGUUUGUCAAUGCAACUUUGGUUCUUUCGAUUGGAGAGACUGUUGAGGAAGUUACUGAUUCUGGAUUUCUCGGUACAACGCCUACUCUUACCUGCUCACAAUUGGGCGAAGAUGCGUUGGUUCAGGUUUAUCCUGAUGGAAUCAGGCAUAUCCGAGCAGAUAAAAGGGUCAAUGUAUGGCGAACGCCAGGGAAAAAGACUAUCGUUAAAUGUGCGGUCAACCGACGACAAGUGGUUAUUUCUUUAACUGGGGGCGAACUUGUCUACUUUGAAAUGGAUGCAACUGGGCAGCUUAAUGAAUACACCGAGCGUAAGGAAAUGCCAGCUGAUGUUAUCUGUAUGGCGCUUGGGCGGAUUCCUGCUAAUGAGCAGCGAUCAAGGUUUUUGGCCGUUGGUCUUGCUGAUAAUACCGUUAGAAUACUUUCUCUGGAUCCGUCUGAUUGUAUGUCUCCCCUCACAAUGCAAGGACUUCCCACUAUGGCGGAAUCUCUAUGUAUAGCCGAAAUGGGCAUCGGUGAAUUGGCUUCUACAUCUGGGGGGGCAACUGAUGGUGACGAAGAAGAUUCAGAUAUCAAACAUUCAGGGAUUAUAUAUCUUAAUAUUGGUCUUAGCAAUGGCGUGCUUUUGCGAGUUAUUUUGGAUCCAGUCACUGGUGAACUUUCCGAUACUCGAACUCGUUAUCUUGGAACGCGUCCUGUCAAGCUCUUUCGUAUUACUAUGCAGGGUGGAGAAGCCGUGUUGGCCGUAUCAAGCCGAUCAUGGCUUAGUUAUGCGUAUCAAAACAGAUUUCAUCUUAUACCCCUUUCUUAUGAGGCUCUUGAAUACGCAUCUGGCUUUUCUUCUGAGCAAUGCCCCGAAGGGAUCGUCGCAAUAUGCGAAAAUUCACUUCGCAUCCUUGCUCUCGAAAAAUUGGGCGCCGUUUUCAACCAAACAAGUCAUCCAUUGAGCUAUACCCCGAGACGGUUUUCGUUUCAUCCAGAGUCUAACAUGGCAUUUAUAAUUGAAACUGAUCACAACACAUUCACCGCGGAAGUAAAAGCCGAAAGAAAGCGGCAAAUGGGCAUGAAAAUGUUAGAGUCUGCAGAGAGCCUUGAAACGGAGGAGCAGCGGGAAUUGGUUCGACAAUCUGCUCGUACCUUUCUCUCUGACGCGAAUGAUUUGCCUGAAGCUAUAUUUGGAGAACCAAAGGCUGGCCCUGGAAUGUGGGCCAGUUUACUUCGAGUUCUGCAUCCACUUACGGGGGGAAGCUUUCAGAUCGUUCGUUUUCAGCAGAACGAAGCUGCACAUGCACUUACUUUAGCUAAGUUCAACAAUAGGUGA